AUGCCAGUUGAUAUAACAAAAUUAACAGAAGGUUGGCUAGAAUUGGAAAGUGAUCCUGGAUUAUUUAUGCUUUUAUUAGAAGAUUUCGGUGUUAAAAACGUUCAAGUCGAAGAAAUAUACGAUAUAACGAAACCAUUUGACGGACCUGUUUAUGGUUUUAUAUUUCUCUUUCGAUGGAUAGAAGAAAGACGUUCAAGAAGAAAAUUAUUCGAUCAAAAUGACAUGUUUUUAAAAGAGGAAGAAGUGGUUAAUAAUAUUUUCUUUGCUCAACAAAUGGUACCUAAUAGCUGUGCUACUCAUGCUUUACUCUCCGUUCUUCUUAAUUGUCCCAAAAUACAUUUGGGUGAUACUUUAACGCGUUUGAAAGCGCAUACUGUGGGAAUGACUCCAGAAAAUAAAGGUUGGGCAAUUGGAAACACUCCAGAAUUGGCUAGGGCUCACAAUUCUCAUGCCAUGCCACAAGCAAAACGAUGUGUAGAUAAAAGUUCUGUAUCUGCUGGCAUGACUUCUAGUAGAUAUGCUGGAGAGGCUUUUCAUUUUGUUAGUUAUGUUCCAAUUCAAGAAAGGCUUUUUGAAUUGGAUGGCCUUAAACCAUAUCCCAUUGAUCAUGGUCCGUGUGAAAAUAAUGAAGCCUGGACGGAAAAAUUCAGGAGAGUUAUGACUGAAAGACUUGGAGUUGCUGGAGGAGAACCAUGCCAUGACAUUAGAUUUAAUUUAAUGGCAUUGAUUCCUGACAGAAGAAUUGCUCUGUCGCACAAAUUAAAUAUGCUUAAAACAAAUAGAGAAAUUGUCGUGACUGCUCUCCAACAAUUGGUACACCUGAAUUCCGAAUCAAAAAAAUUAGAAAAUUACAAAGAAGAGCAUGAAUCUUUUAAAACCAAUUCAUCUGAUUUAGGAUCUAAUUCAUCUCUUACAGAAAGUGAAGCAGCUAUAAUAAAUGACUUAAAAUUAGACAAAAUGGGAAAUGAAAAUAAUAUGUGGAAAAAGUCUGACGAUAAUUGUUUAAAAGAUAAUUUAGUCGAAGGUUCUCAGUUUUCUGAACAUGCAGAAAGUGAUACUAAUGUACAUCAUGAAAUAAAUGUAUCUAAAAAUCAUGCAGAUACUUUAUCAAGUAUAAAAAGUAAUUUGCAGUCAUCUUCGAAGGAAAACAUAGAACCUGCAUUUAACAUAGAUAAGAAAGGAGCAUUAAAUAUCAAUUCUGAUUAUUCUUUGCCAUUGACGAUAGAAACAUCACCAACUCCGAGCAUCUCUGGAACUGAUACAUCUUCCGAUGUAGGUUCAGUGUUCAAUUCGCCUUCAACAAUGGGCUGGGGUUGUAAUUCCUGUCAAAGCAGUCCAUGUCCUAAAGACUACAAGAAAUAUUUAAUGCAGUCAGAUGAAAAAACUGAUUCACUUUCUGGUACAUCAAGUUCAUCGCUUUUAGGAAAAAAGACGAAUAGUCAAUCACCUUCCUAUAGAGAAGACAGCAAAGCUGAAUCUCCAACUUGUUCGACAUUAUUGGAAACAGAUUCUAAUAAAGAAAAAGAUUGUAAACCUGAAGAUACUGAUGCUAUGAAAGCACUUUUAUCGAAAUAUCCUGUACUCAGAGAACCUCAUACAUUUGCACCGAAAGAUUUGUUAGCAUUGUUGAAAAAUGUCGAAUCAGAAAUUGCCAAUUGUGAAGCAUCUUUAAAAGAUGAAAAUGAUAAGAGAACAAAGUAUAAAAUUGACGAUUGCAGAAGGACUCACAAUUACGACGAAUUUAUUUGCACGUUUUUAUCUAUGCUUGCUGAACAAGGGAAACUGGCCGACUUGGUCGAGCAGCACCUACACAAAAGACCUGGUAUACCAUUACACAGGCUCAAAAGACCUCAUCCUAUAAAAAAAUCAGAUACUAAUAAAACAGCAGGAAGACUGAAUAUCAAAGAAGAACCCACAGAUAUUAUAAAUAGUGAAACAGUGACAGAUACAUUCAUAAAUGAAAAUGAUUUGGAUAUCAUCAAAGAUGAAGGAGAUGCUGCAACAGAUGAAAACAAUUUCACAGUAAACAAUAAUAAUAAUAAUAAUUCACAGCCAUUAGAACUUUUAAAAGGUUUAUCAACGGAUAACAUAAGAAGGAAAGAAGAAAAAGAAGGAAAAAGAAAAAAGAAAAAAAAUGUUACGAGUAUAGAAGUUUAUAAUAAACAACAAGAAGAAAAGCUAGCUGAAGCAAGAAAUAAACUCAAAGUAUCAGUCAUUGGAACAAACGUUCCAUGGCCUUUGGAAAAUUUCAACGAAUUAAUUACUAGAUUUCACGUGUCACCAAAUAUCGUCAAAAAUUUAGAAAAUUCCGGAUACAAUAAUCCGACUCCUAUUCAAGCUCAAGCCAUUCCAGCCAUGUUGGAGGGUAGACAAGUUUUGGCUUGCGCGCCUACCGGAUCGGGUAAAACGGCUGCUUUUCUCGUGCCCAUAUUUUACCACCUCAAAGGACCCACGAAAAAGGGUUACAGGUGCGUCAUUGUUUGUCCGACAAGAGAAUUAGCCCGUCAAACUUACAGAGAAUGCCUGCGUUUGAGCGAAGGGACGAGAUUGAAAAUCAACAUAAUAAAAAAAGUAACUCUCGACAAGGAAAACUAUUCUAACACUUCAAAAAAGUUUGACAUACUAAUAACAACUCCUAAUCGGUUGGUGUAUUUACUAAAACAGGAACCUCCUAAAGUCAAUUUAAAAAGUGUCGAAUGGUUGAUUGUGGACGAAUCGGAUAAAUUAUUCGAAGCUGGGAUUCGUGGAUUUCGAGAUCAGUUGGCGGUUAUUUACAACGCUUGCGAUUCGUCCGUUAUAAAACGCGCCAUGUUUUCCGCGACUCAAACUCCGCAUUUGACAAAAUGGUGUCGAAGAAAUUUGAAAAAUUUAGUUUUGAUCAACGUGGGAGUGAGAAAUUCUGCGGUUGAAACGGUUAAACAAGAAUUGCUUUUUGUCGGAUGCGAAGCAGGGAAACUUGUCGCAUUUAGAAAUUUAAUCAACAGAGGACUCACUCCACCCGUUUUGGUUUUCGUACAAUCGAAGGAAAGAGCUCAGGAAUUAUUCAAUGAAUUAGUUUACGAUGGAAUUAACGUUGACGUCAUACAUUCCGACAGGACGCAAAAACAGAGAGACAACGUGAUUCGAAGCUUUAGAGAGGGUAAAAUUUGGGUUUUAAUUUGUACCGAAUUAAUGGGUCGAGGUAUAGAUUUUAAAGGAGUCAAUCUUGUUGUCAAUUAUGACUUUCCUCCGAGUUCUGUGUCUUAUAUCCACAGAAUCGGACGUACAGGUAGAGCUGGAAGACCCGGGAGAGCGAUAACUUAUUUCACACAAGACGAUACACAUUGCGCGAAUAAUGAAAAAUGCCGGUUGCGAAGUACCCGAAUACAUGCUCUCGAUGAAAAAAUCAAAUAA